GGACACGGCGGCGGCGAGCACGCGCAAGGCGCGGCCAGGCAAUUGCAUUUCCUCGCUCGCCGGUAAACCCACCGAACCCCUGCUGCUGGCCUGCUGGCCAUCUGAUGAUGGAGUGGUGGGUCCGAGCCUACUUGUAAAAAAGGAAGAAAUUCAGCCCUUCUCAGUUCUCUCGCUCUUCCUCUGCGACGAGUUCUCCUCGCCUUCCCACGCCAUCACCGCGGCGGAGGCGACAGCCGCUGACCGCUCCGCCCUCUCCGGCCGGCCACCGCCUGCCUCGUCGUGGCUUCGCAGUGACUCCCAGAUUGCGGGUUGGGGCGUGAAGGAUGAGCGGGAGGAAGAAUGCCGGAAGGACCUCUCCCUGGAUGCUCCUCCUCAUCUCCCUAGUAUGCUUCUUCGCGACCUACAACUUCCUGACGAUGCCCAGCCGGGGUUGGGACGUGCCGCGCAAGUUCCUCGGCGGCGGCGGGGAUCGGGGCUCGGCCGUCUCGUACAGGUUGGGCUCUGGUUCGGCGGCGGACCCCACGAAGCGGUUCCACGUCGCGCUGACGGCGACGGACGCGCUUUACAGCCAGUGGCAGUCCCGUAUAAUGCACUAUUGGUACAAGGAGAUGAGGGGCCGGCCUGGGUCCGACGUGGGCGGCUUCACAAGGAUCCUUCACUCGGGGAAGCCUGAUGGAUUGAUGGAUGAGAUACCCACCAUGGUGGUUGACCCGCUUCCUGAAGGCAAGGAUAAGGGAUACAUUGUCUUAAAUAGGCCUUGGGCGUUUGUCCAGUGGCUGCAGAAGGCAAAGAUCGACGAAGACUAUAUACUAAUGGCGGAGCCAGAUCAUGUCUUUGUGAAGCCUUUGCCAAACUUAGCCCAUGGUGAUGAACCAGCGGCUUUUCCAUUUUUCUACAUCAAACCAACUGAGAACGAGAAGAUAUUGAGGAAGUUCUUUCCAGAAGAAAAAGGACCUGUCUCAAAAAUCGAUCCUAUUGGCAACUCUCCAGUUAUAAUCAAGAAGGCUCAACUCGAGAAGAUUGCAACAACCUGGAUGAAUGUUUCACUAAAAAUGAAAGAGGACCAGGAGACAGACAAAGCAUUCGGAUGGGUCUUGGAAAUGUAUGCAUACGCUGUUGCUAGUGCACUGCACGGUGUGCACCAUAGUCUCCGUAAAGAUUUUAUGAUUCAGCCUCCUUGGGACCUGAAAUCAGACAACACAUUCAUCAUCCAUUACACGUAUGGAUGCGAUUAUUCGAUGAAGGGUGAGCUAACUUAUGGGAAAAUUGGUGAGUGGCGUUUUGACAAAAGAUCUUACCUUCAAUCACCACCACCAAGAAAUCUUUCACUACCCCCUCCAGGAGUUCCUGAAAGUGUGGUCACCCUUGUGAAGAUGGUCAACGAGGCCACUGCAAACAUUCCAGGGUGGGAGGAUGAAAGAUAGCUGAUGAUUUUGCUGAGUUCAGCUUCGGGAUCAUAUGGUCUUUGUUGGAAAACAUGGAAGAGUACCACUGGCCAAUUAAAGAAGAGCAUUCAAUCUCAUAGUGUAGGGCUGGCCAAUUUUCUAAGGUUUAACAUAGGUUAGUGUUUGGAAAGGAAAAUAUAUAUUCACUUUGAUCUAGCCAGUCGCAUCAUUUUUGUAUUGUAAAGCAGAAAUAUAGGCUUUUGGUUACUCUUGGUUCAUUUGGCCAUGUUGUAAAGUAGAGAUGUAGUUUAGAUUCCUCCAAUGAAUACCAUGAGUGCAUGAGAGGUCUGUAGAAAGUCAUCUUGCGAAAAAUUCUGCUGGGUGCUGACAACAUCCUGCUGAGGAUUGCACUGGAAACCACCAAAAGCUUUUCAGAAAUAAUCCAUACCAUGAUAUGCUGUAGCAUAUAGUUGAUAAGUUUUUUUUUUGGAACCUAUUUGUGCAAUACUGUUAUUUGCUCUGUAAUACUAUACUAUCCUGUUCUGCUCAGAAUACAAAUGCUGCCGUCUAAUAUCGAAAGACUGCCUUUGCACAGUUAGGAUUGUACUACUACAUCAAUGUAUGCCUCACUUGUUGAUAAA